AUGACAACCUUUUUCUUAUCACAAAUCUUGGAGAAGAUGAAUUCUCGUGACAAGGAUAUCCGUUUCAUGGCAACACAUGAUUUGGCAAAUGAGUUGGAGAAAGACAGUUUCAAGAUGGAUCCACUACAGGAGCCAAAGAUUGUAGCGAAACUCUUGACUCUUACCGACGAUAAUGCCAACAAUGUACAAGAGAAUGUUGUUAAAUGUUUGGGACUUUUAGUAAGAAUCGUAAAGGAUACUGUAGCCACAGAGAUGGCAGAGCAUUUGUGUAAGGAUCUGUUGACAUCGACUAAAGAGGAGUUACAAGAGAUCAGUUCGAUCGGUUUGAAGACUAUCGUUGCCAAUAUGCCAGCGGAUACAUCUGCGGUGCCAUCGAUGGUAACAAAGAAGAUCAUUCCAAAGCUGUUGGAGGGUAUCGAGAAGAGUAAGCCCGGUGACAAGACCGAGGUGAAGAUGUACUGUUUGGAUAUAUUGAAUGACUUCCUCUCAAAGUACGGUCCACUCGUUCCCCACUUGGACAAGAUCGAAGAGGCAAAGAAGGCCGACCACAUUUCCACGUUGAUUCAGUUGAUCGGAUCUAUCGGUAAGACCUCGGGUUACCGUCUCGGUAAAUACCUGCCAAAGAUCAUGCCACACAUCAUCAACUACUGCGAUAGCAACAAGUUUGAGAACAACGAUGAAAUCAAAGAGAAUUGUCUUCUCUGUUUCGAAUCGAUCAUCGAGAGAUGUCAGAAGGAUGUCACUCCCUACUUGAACGACAUCAUCACACUCUCUUUGAAAUAUAUAAAAUUCGAUCCAAACUACUCUGAUGAAGAUGAAGAGGAAGAAGAUGUCGAUGAAAUGGAGACUGAUGAAGAUGAAGAAGAAGAAGAAGAUGAGGAUGCAGAUAUUAGUGAUGAUGAUGAUAUCAGUUGGAAGAUCCGUAGAUCAGCAGCAAAGGUAUUGUGCGCAAUCAUUACAUAUCGUACAGAGUUGUUAAAUCAAUUGAUUGAACGUGUUGCACCUGUUUUAUAUUCAAGAUUCAAAGAAAGAGAAGAAAAUGUUAGAUUGGAUAUCUUUAAUACAUUUGUUUUAUUAUUGAAACAAUGUCAAAAGAGAAAUAUCGAUGGAUUGUAUAUUAAUACUUUAAAGUCACAGGUUGCCAAAUUGGUUUCAUCAAUCAAGAAACCAUUGUCUGACAAAUCGAUUCGUACUCGUGUCGGUGCUUUCAUUUUGUUGAGAGAGUUGGUCGGUAUCGUACCGGGUAUUCUCUCUGAUCACGUCAAUGUCUUGAUUCCAGGUAUCACCGGAUCACUCAGCGACAAGAACAACAACUCCAAUCUCAAAAUCGAAACAUUGUCGUUCCUCCGUUUGUUGUUUGCCAACCAUCCACACCAGAUCUUCUUCACCCACGCCAAGAACCUCUCGGUUCUGAUCAUCAAGUGCAUCAAGGAGCCAUACUACCGUGUCUGUUCCGAAGCCUUGAAGGUUUGCCAGGAGUUCUCGAAUGUGUUGCGUUCCGAUGCCAACACCUCGGUGGAGCAAGUCGUCUCGCCACUCUACGAAGCUGCUCUCGUGCAACUCAAGGCACAGGACAUCGACCAGGAAGUCAAGGAGAAUGCCAUCUCCUGUGUUGGAACUAUCGUUGCCAACUUUGGAGACAAGUUGCAAGCUCAACUCUCACCAUGUUUCGCCAUCCUGUUGGAGCGUCUCGACAACGAGCUCACCCGUGUCAUCACUAUCAAAGCACUCUCCAAGAUUAUCACAUCGCCAGUCAGAGUCGACGUCACCCCAUUGGUAUCGAAAUCGAUCGAACUCCUCUCAUCGUUCCUCCGUAAGAACAACCGUCCACUCAAGCAGAAUACCAUCACACUCCUCAACGACAUUGUCAUCAACACACCGAAUGUUAUCAACGAAAAGCAAUUACCAACCAUUCUCACAGAGUUAUCUUCUAAUAUCAAUGAAUCAGAUUUACAAUUAACUCAUUUAUCAUUUGUAUUCUAUCAAAACCUUUUGAAAUCAUAUCCACAAUCAGCAUCUUUGAUUCGUGAAAAGUUGAUUCCACCAACUUUGUUGUUGCUAAAGUCAUCUUUGUUGCAAGGUGUUGCUUUGGAGUCGUUGUUGUCAUUGUUUGCCACUAUUGUCAAGUUGAAUCAACCAGGUGUAACCUGUUCCGAUCUCUUGAAUAUCUUGUUUGAAACUGCCGGACAAAUCAAGCAGCCAGUCACAAGACAAUCGUUCAACUCGAUCGCACAAUGUAUUGCUAUUGUCACUGUCAAUGCCGAUGCCGCUCAUCGUGACCAGACCGUCCAACGUCUCAUGAAGAACUUGACAACCGACCAAGAUUCACUCAUUCUCCUCUCACUCACCUGUAUCGGUGAGAUCGGUCGUCGUGUCGACCUCGGUGCCUUCAAGACCAUCCACAUCGAUAUCUUUAAGAUCUUUGACGCCACCAACGAAGAGUUGAAACAAGUUGCCGCACUCUCCCUCGGAAACAUCGCUGUCAGCUCACUCGCCGUCGACUUGCCAUUCAUCUUGGAGAACAUCAAACAACAACCAAAGAAACAAUAUCUCCUUCUCCACUCACUGCGAGAGUGUAUCACCAAGUUGCCAGCCAGCUCCACCGGUAUCCAAGCAAUCGUUCCAUUCCUUCCACAGAUCGUCCCAUUGCUCUUUGAAAACUCUGUCAACGAAGAAGAGGGAACUCGUAACCUCGUCGCUGAGUGUCUCGGUAAGCUCUCAAUUGUCGCACCAGCCGACAUCAUCCCACAGUUGCGCGCAAAGAUCGACUCACCUUCCGCACUCGAACGUUCCACCUCGGUCACCUCCAUCAAGUUUGCCAUUCUCGAGAAUCGUGAGAUUGUCGACACUCAUCUCGCUCCACACAUCGACCAAUUCCUCUCACUCUUGAACGACAAUGACUUGAUUGUCAAGCGUUCCGCACUGUUGACACUCAACUACAUCGCUCACAACCGUCCCAAACUCAUCUUGUCGUCGUUGAACAACUACUUGCCAAUCUUGUACAACAACAGCAAGAUCAAACCAGAGUUGAUUCGUGAGGUCAGUCUCGGUCCAUUCAAGCACAAGGUCGACGACGGUAUCGAAAUCAGAAAGACCGCCUUUGAGUGUAUGUACACACUGCUCGAGACCACCUCUGCCUUUGACUUUAGUCCAUUCAUCGAGUCGUUGGCCGGCGGUUUGAAGGACACCCAACACGACAUCAAGUUGCUCUGCCACUUGCUCAUCAUCCGUCUCGCCGCUGUCAACGGACAAGCACUCCUCGAAGGACUCGUCCAAUUGGUCGAGCCACUCAAGGCAACUCUCUUGGCCAAGGUCACAGACGUCGCCGUCAAGCAACAAGUCGAGCGUAACGAAGAGUGCAUCCGUUCGGCACUCCGUGUAAUCGCCGCCAUCCACCGUAUUCCAUCAUCAGAGUCGAUCGUCAAGUUUGAAGAACUCAUCCGUACCACCAUCCGUGGAUCCCCAACACUCGCCGCUCAAUUCAAGACAAUCAGUGAAGAAGAUCAAUUGAAUCAAGAUUCAAUGGAUACAUCUGAAAAAUUAAAAAAACUAAAAAAAAAAACAAUUGUUUCCAUACUAAAAAAAAAUACAAAACAAUAA